CCGAAAAACGUCAUUACCCACCCAACAAUCUAUAUCAUGAGCGCCUACCUGCCUUGCCCGAUCGAGUAUGACUUGGGCCUACUGCCACCGCCGCCCGCCACGCCUCCCCGCAAACGCCCGUACCGGUCCAGUUUUGCCAUCGUACUGGACGAAGCCGCCAACAAGUUCCGGGGCCAGUGCAAGUACAAGUCUGGCAAGUGCAAAAACGAGCGGACGCUGAAGUUCAAUGGCGAAAUCCACACGUUGUGCGAAGAACACCGUCUGCGGCACAACCGCAUCCAGAACAAAUCCGAUAGCAAAAUUCGAAAGGCCAAGCGCAUGCAGUCCAUGUAUGACAAGCUCGAGCCGCUGCCACACGACCUGAGCCUGCCGUACGACUCGAAGCUCAUGGAAAUCUUGUACCAAUCUGGCACCGACACGUGCUCGUCGUCCGGCGACUCGGAUGACAUGUCGAUGGCCGACGAGUAUGCGUGGCUGCCAGAGGUCAAACUCGAGGAGUUUGGGGUUGUCGUCGAUUAUUGGUCCCCAGAAGACACGUUCAUUUUUCAAAACAUCAUGGGGCUUCCGACCAGGAAGACUGUGUAGUUCGUCCGGUGGUAGUAGUGUAAUUGUAAGUAGUUUAUUGGAGUAUCUAUCUAGUCGA